AUGGCGCAAUUACCACCACCCAGCUCGGGCGGAAUGCCCUCGUCUUUCGACGACGACAACGAACUUCGCAAUGAAAAGGCACUCCACAAAGUCUUUCGCAAGAUCAAGGAAGAGCCUCUCGUGCCGCUCGGCAUCGGCCUGACCGUUUUCGCCUUCAUCAACGCAUACCGCGCCCUCCGCCGGGGCGACUCCAAGCAGGCCAACAAGAUGUUCCGCGCCCGCGUCGCCGCGCAGGGCUUCACCGUCAUCGCCAUGGUCGCCGGCAGCAUGUACUACAACCAGGACCGCCAGAAGAGCAAGGAGCUGCGCCGCGUCAAGGAGGAGACGGACGCCGAGGAGAAGCGCCAGAAGUGGAUCCGCGAGCUCGAGGCCCGCGACGAGGAGGACAAGGCCAUGCGCGCCAUGCUCGAGGAGAAGGCGCUAGCCAAGGCCGGGCGCGCGCCGGCCGUCGACGGCGGACAGACGGACGAGAAGGAGGCGCAAGCGGCCGGCACCGGCGGCAUCCUAGGUCGCAUGGGCCUCUGGGGACCGGCCGAGACCAAGGCAGCCGAGGAGCAGGUGGCCGCUGCCGCGGCGGUCGAGUCGACUGAGAAGAGGAGGGAGAACCCCAGGAGCUCCUUGGACGCCUUGGGAGAGGUGUACGGUUCAAAGAAGAAGGAAGAUGGCGAAUCGAAGAAAUAA